AUAUCUCUUGACAUCGACGAACUGAAAUCUUUGCUUGCACUCGCUAAGAGGCCCACAGUUCGAAAUUGGAUUGAGAGGAAAAUCGAGAUGUUGAACUCUAACCGGCCUGUUCAGCAGGCUCCUGAACCUCCUACUAGAAUGUCACCCAUGACAGAUGACAAGGUUUCAUCGUCUGCAACUCUUCCAACGGUGAAGCUUACAAGUUAUGGGUGGGAUGAGUCGGACAAAUUUGUUAAAGUCUACAUCACGUUACAAGGAGUGCAAAACGUGAAUCCAUCAAACAUUCAACAUAGUUUCACUAAUACGUAUCAAAAAGCUGACAUGAUUCUUGUGAUGAUGAAAAAAAAGACAGAAGGGAAGAAAUGGGAGCAGCUGACAAAGCUGGAAUACGACGAGAAGCAAAAGAGAAAACCUAAUUUUGACAAAACAAUGGACGAUGACCCGCAAGCUUCAUUGAUGAACAUGAUGAAACAAAUGUAUGAAGAAGGUGAUGAUGAGAUGAAGCGUACAAUACGAAAGGCAUGGCAUGAAGGUCAGACCAAGAGGAACUUUGCUGAUGUUUCGUCAUGA